AUGGCUGGGGCUCCUCGGUUCAACGCCAUUAGACCCUCUCGUUUGCAUACACCUACAAAUCGCUACCGUUCUCGGUUUGUUACGGCAAAGAACUCGAAUGCAGCCUUUUCUACUACUUCAAGGCUUCAGAGUUAUGAAGAUACGUUGAAAAAUCUUAAAAUCGGUGCUGACACAAAGGUAUUAUUCCAAGGAUUCACUGGUAAACAGGCAACUGCCAAUGUGAAAGAAUCAUUGCAAUGGGGUACAAAGAUUGUAGGAGGAGUUAAGCCCGGAGUUGAAGGCGAGCAUCUAGGACUGCCUGUAUUCCCGUCUGUUCGAGUGGCACAGGAAAAAGCGAGACCGGAUGCGACCGCGGUUUAUGUGCCUGGCAAUCAAACAGCGGCGGCCAUUGAGGAGGCGAUAGAAGCUGAAAUACCCCUGGUGGUCGCAGUCGCAGAACACGUACCGAUCCAUGACAUACUCAGGAUUCACUCCAUACUUCGAACGCAAUCGAAAACUCGACUCGUUGGUGCGAAUUGCCCGGGUAUUAUUUCCGCCAUUGGAAAGUGUCGCAUCGGGUUCCAGCCACUGCCCUGUUUCUCGUCCGGCCAUGUGGGCAUCGUUGCUAAGUCAGGGACUCUCAGUUAUGAGACCGUGGCCUCAACAACGAGGGCUGGUUUAGGCCAGAGCCUUUGCAUUGGGAUGGGCGGCGACGUGCUCGCGGGAACAGAUUUUGUGGAUGCACUAAAGGUCUUUGAACAUGACGAUGAUACGCAUGGUAUAAUAAUCGUUGGAGAAAUCGGCGGUACUGCUGAAAUGGAUGCUGCGGAAUGGAUCAAAGAUUAUCGUAGAAGGACUGCAAAUCCCAAGCCCAUUAUGGCUUUGGUUGGAGGCAUCGAAGCUCCUCACGGCCGAAUCAUGGGCCACGCGGGCGCAUGGACGGCACCAGGGGAGCCUGAUGCACAAAUGAAAAUCAAAGCGUUGCAGGAUGCCGGGGCUGUAAUUGUAGACCACCCAGAGAAAUUCGGGGAGGGCAUGAAAACCUUGCUGGGCAGCUCUGCUAAGCGACCAGUAUUUGAAGAUUCUACCCCGAGGAUAGCCCGACAGCAGCGAGGCUUCCAUACGUUAAGACGACCCCAAAUUCUCCGCAGUAGUAGUAUUUCCGCGCAGCGCCGAAGUCUUUAUCUUCAACAAUCCGACUCCUUUGUUCUUCUCAAGGAAAGGAACAUUCCUGUUCGUGAAUCAAACGAACCGGGUGCCUUUUUCCUGGGCGUUUCAAUUGACCGGACUGCACAUUCCCCAAGCUUUAUUGCUUCUCCUACCAUAGACGCAAAAAGAUAUAUCGAAUCUGCGAAGAAAUUCCCAUUUGAGUAUGGGAAGAGAGAAUUCUCCGCUAAUAGCGCUGAAAUUCAGGCAAUAGCUGCCCAUGUCGGGCUUGCCGAACCUGUCCAAAAAUCGCUAUCGACGCUGCUGGAAGCGUUAACGGAUAUAUUUAUGACCAAGGAAGCUUUCUCACUGGAAACGAAAGUUGCUGUUUCCAGUGCUGGCGCUUUGGAAGUCCAAGGAGCGCGAUUUGGGUUUGAUGAUGCUGCAUAUAGAAGUGCAAAGAGGCAAGAGGAUAUCCAUAAAUUGAGGAACAAGGAACUAGAAGUUCCAGAAGAAGUGGAGGCCGAGAAGGAUGGAAUUGUUUAUGUUAGGCUUGAAGGCGAAGGAACAAUUGGUACUCUCGUGAAUGGAGCUGGACUUGCUAUGAACACCGUCGAUGCCCUCACCAUUCGUGGUGGACACUGUGCAAACUUCCUCGAUACAGGCGGCAAAGCCACCUCAGAGACAGUAAAGUCGGCGUUUAAAAUUAUUCUCUCAGACCCGCGAGUCAAAGCCAUUUUUGUGAACAUAUUCGGCGGCUUAACUAGGUCUGAGAUGAUCGCCGAGGGCAUAAUCAUGGCCUUCCGAGAUUUGGGUAUGAAAGUGCCUGUCGUCGUCCGGUUGCGUGGGACGAAUGAGGAACUUGGUCAGAAAAUGAUUGCCGAAAGUAAACUUCCGCUCCAUGCUUUUGAUUCCUUCGAGGAAGCCGCGGCGAAAGUGAUCAGCUUUUCGCACUCGUAAUAUCUAGCAGCCAACCGUUACCGGGCUCGAUACACGACCCAUGAGCGCAUAUAUAAGCUACUAGUUGACCCGGGGCACCAUCUUGUCGA